AUGCAUUCCCUGUCACCGGAGCUCUGGCACAUGGUUGCCAGUUAUCUCAGCAUCGAGGACGCAAAACAGCUGCGACUAGCCAGCAGAUUCUUUGCAGACAUCGCGGGGGCGCACAUCCUUCCAAUUGUCACAUUUCAUAUGAACGAGGAUGAUCUCUCGCGACUUAGAAGUAUUGCUGGCAAUGGCGUCCUGGCACCCAACGUCAAGUCCCUCACUUAUUUCACACGGGCAUACGAAAGCCCUGCCGUGCCACUUGAAGAAUUCACAAGACACCACGAAACAUCGGUCAAGGUCGAUCGGCUGACAUUCGGAGAGGGUUUCCUGCGAGCUGACCCUGUUGACGAUCGGACGAUGGAGGUUGAGUACGAGAAGUAUAAGCUCAUGGUCGAUGCGCAAGAUCGUAUCAGAGAUGGCAUGACGGAUCUCGCAUGUCUCAAAGACACGGUGGCGAAGUUUACGGGCUUGAAGCAAGUGAUAAUGUCGUCGGGCAACGUAUUUUAUGAAGGCUGCGCGCAUGGGAAGCUGUCGCCGUUUCUGGGUACUGUUCCGCCGCCCACCCAAUGGCCACGACCUGAGGGUGUCAGGCACCUUGAAGUCAUACUUGAAGCGCUGGUACACAACAAUCACUCAGUCGACAGUCUAUGCGCAGGUACAUUGGACUGGAGGUUUUUCGACAAGAGCCCAACGGAGCUAGCCCGCUUGUUCCAACCCGUACUCAACGCGGUGCAACUUGAGCUCGAACUUUGCUUGGAUUUGGACGAAAAUGGCAAUGAUAUCUUAGGAGAUACUGAAAAGUGCCGCCAGUCUAUGGAACGAGGCAAAUUAAGGGGUGUGCUGAAGACUAUGAAAAAGCUCGAUACCCUUCGCGUCGUAUUCCAUGGCGACCUGGGUAUGCAGGCUUGUCCAGCCUUGCUCAAGGAUGUCAUUGAUCCAAGUCAUCAUUGGCCAAAUUUAACCUAUCUGGAGCUUUGCAAGGUUGAGUGCGAUAGACACUCGCUGAUGCAACUUUUGGAACUGCACAAAGAUACCCUUCAAGGUCUCUGUCUGUCAGAAAUUGACCUGGGUGAAACCUCAUGGAAGAAGCUGCUGCCAGACAUCCGCAACAACUUGGACUUGGAAGAUGUAUGCAUUUGUGGCACCCUGGCAGGCCGGCCAGAAGACACAACAGACGAGAUGCGAUGGGAAACGUGGGACUUGUCCAUGGUUGGAGUCUGGGAAAAUGAUAUGAGGGCUUCCAUCAAUUGCUACUGCCGGAACAAUGGCAGAGAUUACCCAGACGAGCUCCCACUCACGGAGGAGGUCGUGCAAAAGUACUUUGAACGUGAAAGUGAUAGUGGCAGUGAAGGCAGCGGAAUAUCCUUGGGGGACUACUUUUGGGAUGAGGAUGAGGAUGAGGAUGAAGAUGAAGAUGACGAUGACAAUGACGAUGACGAUGACGAUGAGAGGCUAUCUGUGGUGGAGGGUUUCCCGGAACGCAACGAAACUGAGAAUAGUCGCCUGGCCAGAUUCCUGGACCGGCCUCUCUUCCCCUGGAAGAAGCUGAUCAUCGGCUUUUCGGUUGCGCAAUAUCUCUUCGAGGGCUUCCUCUCACUUCGUCAAUACCAGGUCUUGAAGAAGACAAAGCCACCAAAGGUUCUGGAACACGAGAUAUCGCAGGAGACAUACGACAAGAGUCAAGCAUACGGACGCGCCAAAGCCAAGUUUCAACUCGUCAACGGUAUCUGGGGCCAGGUCACGAACAUCGCAUUCAUCCACUUCGACGUCCUCCCCAAGAUCUGGUCAUGGACUGGUGACCUGCUCCUUCGAUUCGCGCCUGCUCGUUUCUCCGGUGAAAUCUCCCACUCGAUCGCUUUCGUACUGGCCUUCACGGUAAUCCACCAGCUUUUGUCCCUGCCGGCCUCGGUCUACAAUACGUUUGUCUUGGAAGAGAAGUUUGGGUUCAACAAACAGACUCCCCAGCUCUUCGUCACUGAUCUGAUCAAGUCACUGGGUCUGACUGUCGUCCUGACGCCUCCCAUCCUCGCUGCAUUCCUCGCCAUCAUCCAGAAGACGGGCGACAAGUUCUUCUACUACCUAUGGAUGUUUGGCGCUGGCCUGCAGGUUGUCAUGAUCACUAUCUGGCCAAUCGUCAUUAUGCCCCUGUUCAACAAGCUCACUCCCUUGGAACCCGGAAAAUUGAAGACUGGGGUCGAGGCUCUCGCCGCCAAGCUGAAGUUCCCUCUCAACGAGCUGUACGUCAUUGAUGGCAGUAAGCGGAGUGCUCACAGCAACGCAUAUUUCUUUGGCAUGCCUUGGAAGAAGCACAUUGUUAUCUAUGAUACCCUGAUUGAAAAGAGCGAAACUCAAGAGGUUGUCGCUGUCCUGGCGCAUGAGUUAGGCCACUGGAGUCUAGGUCACACUACGAGACUGUUUGGCAUUUCUCAGUUCCACUUCUUCUACAUCUUCUCACUGUUCUCUGUGUUCAUCAACAACCAGUCCCUUUACGCCGACUUUGGAUUCAACGCUGUGAAGCCCAUCAUCGUUGGCUUCAUCCUCUUCUCUGAUGUCUUGGCCCCCAUGGAUGUGUUCAUCAAGCUGGGCAUGAACGUUCUGAGCCGUCGAUAUGAGUUCCAAGCUGACGCCUUCGCGUGCGAUCUUGGAUACUCUGCGGAACUCGCCAAGUCGCUCAUCAAGCUACAGAUCCAAAACCUGAGCACCAUGGAUGCGGACCCGAUGUUUGCGAGCUACCACUUCUCGCACCCAAUUCUGUCGGAGAGACUCAAGGCGCUCAAUUGGCAACCAACAACUAAGGUCGCGGUUGUAGAUGAGAAAGACGGUGUCGCUAAGGCGACUGGCAGAGAUGAAUUGUGA